AUUAGCGAGAGCUGACAGUGUCAGCUACUUCCUGCUGCCGAUUUUUUCGCUGAACCCCUACUGAGGAAAUCAGAAUGUUGGCUUCUACAAAGCCAACAUAAUAAACACGUAUAGUCACACCAUUGUAGCAGUGUUACAUGCAGUAGGCUAUAAGAUGGCGGCUCAGUUGACGCAUUCGCUCCAAUGUACUGCCGUAUACAAGGCGACGUCUAGUGGAUAAUAUCUAUGGAGGGCGACUUACAAGAAGACCUCCAGAAAUGAAACUGCUGUGCCUUCCUUUUUGUGAUCGCGUACCUCUUCCUCUGGGACAUGAGUUUUAUCCUGAAUAGUUUUUUUUAUUUCGAAAUUUUGUGACGAAAAAUGUUAUGAGUGAAACUGUUUAUUUCUGAUUAGUUAAAGUCUGCACUGUAAAAUGGAGGACUACAGCGCUGUAUGCAUUGGUUUUCUUUUUUUCACAUGUCCUGUUCAACGUUCUUCAGCAGCUCUCUGGCUGGCAGCCCCCACCUUCCAGAUGGCUCUUGUCGCACCUCGUUGGAAUCGUUUCCUUAUUGGCUAAAGAGAUAUCAGGGUCCCGGAUCAUGAAAUUGCUACUGGCUGGAACAAAUGCCAAACAAACGGAGGGUGGGCCGAACGGAAUGGAGAGCCAUCAUUGGCUUCUAAGCUGUCUAUCUCUGCUCUACGAGCACCGAUUGGCUCAUGUGAGGGCUUGUUUGAUUCCUAAUAGUCUGGACUACAAAUCUGACACCGAAUUGUAGUUUUCUAAGCCUCCAAUGAGAAGUGAGAGCCCAAACAAUGGACGGAAGUGAACUACCGCUUACGGUUUUCGGUCAGAAAAGUAAUUAUUGCGAAGCGACCAAAGCGAUUUGGAUUAAAAGGCUUACAUAUUCCGAUUCCUUGGACUCUUGGGGAUUUAUUAGAAAUGUUUGUUUUGGAAAAUAUUACCCCAGUGAAGAAAGGGAAGCGUUUAAAGACACACACUCUCUGCAGUUCUUGUACACUGCUGUCACACCAGGAGAAAAUGUCACUGCUGUUGGUCUGCUGAAUGGAGAACAGAUUGUGUACUAUGACAGUAACAUAAAGAAGAUGAUCCCAAAGACAGAGUGGCUACAGAAGAUCAGUACUGAUGAUACAAAUUACUGGAACAGAGAAACAGAGCGUGUUAAGGAUCAUCAGUACCAACUCCAAGACAUUGUGACAACAAUGAAAAUAUUGAAUCAAGCUGAAGGUGAUCAUACACUCCAGUGGAUGUUUGGCUGUGGGCUUGAUAACGGCACCAUUAGAGGAUACAGUCAGUACCGUUAUGAUGGAGAAGAUUUCAUGAGUCUGGAUCUGAACUGGAACCAGGAACUUGGAAAUGGAAACUGGAUUGCAGCUAAUGAGAAAGCUGGGAUCUUUAUAAAGGAGUGGAAUCAUAAAGGAGAAAAUGCUAUAUACUGGAUGAACUACCUGAAAACCGAAUGCAUUGAUCAGUUAAAGAAGUUUGUGCCUCACGGCAGAGAGACUCUAGAGAGUAAAGUUCAUUCCGAGACGCCAGUGUGCCAGAAACUCUCGCCUUUUCCAGAGCUGGUGUGUAACGCUACAGGUGUCUUCCCCAAACCAGUGAUGAUCUCAUGGAUGAAGGACGGAGAGGACAUGCAUGAGGACGUGGAGCUCAGAAUGUCUUUAAUAAACCAGGAUGGAAGCUUCCAGAUGAGAAGCAUUAUGAAAGUCUCAGUUGAGGAGCUGCAGAAACACAACUACACCUGUGUGAUUCAGCACAGCAGCUUGGGGAAGGAGUUAGUGCCGAAUGUAAACAAGCACCGAACCCGGAGAGAUGUAGAAUCAUGUAUAGGAUCAGGUGGAGGAUCAGAUCGAAGGCAUGUUGGUGUCAUUGUUCCUGCAGUCGUCACUCUCCUUGUUCUCGUUGCUUUUGUUGGAAUGUUCAUCUGGAAGAAGAUAAAAAGUUCUGGUGCAGAAAAUCCCCUUGAAGUUCAACGGAAUGGAACUGAGAUACAUCCCUUAAACUGACGUUCCAGUCUAAACCAGGAAGGGAGCCUCCACACUGAAGAAUGUUUUCCUGUCCAGGUUUUCCUCUACUGAAG